AUGCGGAAACCACUGAUGCGCAUUCCCUACACGGACAUCCUCGCGCCGCCCACCGUCAUCCCCCCGUCUGCUGCCUCCCCUCAAGGCGCCCUCGCGGCGCUCAAGCACUUCUUCGCCUCUCCGCCUCCUCGCGGCCUACCGGCCUCGACCGUUGUUCUCACCGGCGCCGGGCUCUCCGUCGCCUCCGGCCUCGCCGAUUAUAGAGGUCCCAACGGCACCUAUAGGGUUAACAAGACGUACCGCCCAAUCUACCACUACGAGUUUCUCAGCAAUCAUGAGGCACGCAAGAGGUACUGGGCGAGGAGCUUCCUCGGCUGGUCCAGUCUUCACAAGGCUUCGCCCAAUGCGGGCCAUUAUGCCAUCAGGGACAUGGGAGACUUGGGCUUGAUUCGCAGUGUUAUUACACAGAAUGUUGAUUCCUUUCACCCCAAGGCUCACCCUCAAAUACCAACGCUCGAGCUGCACGGCUAUCUGAGGGCCACUGUCUGCACCACAUGCCGCAGCGAGUUCUCCCGAGACGAGUUUCAGGAGCAGCUGGCCCGACUGAAUCCCCGCUGGGCGGAUCUUCUCCGGGAGGCCUUGGAAUCGGGAGCCCUCAACACGGAGGAUCCGGUGGAGCGGAGGUAUCGGGGCCUCAAGUCCAACCCUGACGGCGACGUCGACCUUCCCGAGGCGCCUUAUACCACUUUCAGAUAUCCCUCUUGUCCAAAGUGUCUGGAGAAGCCGCCGCUUAAGCCGGACGGCCACCGACACACAGUCCAGGUUGAUGCCGAGGGCGCCUGGCAGCUUCCCAGCACGGGCGGGAUUCUGAAGCCUGCUGUCGUCAUGUUCGGCGAGAGCAUUGCCACCAACGUCAAGUCGGCGGCGGAGGAGGCGAUAGACGGCGCAGGUAGACUGCUUGUGCUUGGCACCUCGCUGGCCACGUACUCGGCGUGGAGACUGGCCAAGCGUGCCAAGGAUAGGGGGAUGGCCAUUGCCAUUGUAAACAUGGGUGGCGUGAGAGGAGAGGAGCAGUUCUUCGCCGACCUGGACGCGAAACAGGCCGGCGAGCAGGGGGUGAGAGUGGAGGAGUCGACAGACCAUCUUCUGCCCGCGUUGGUCUCGGAGCUGCGCAAGGAGCAAGCCGCCGCCGCGUCCGGCGCAGGCUUCGUCGCCGGAGCGCCGCAGCAACAUGCCUUCAAGGACAUGCUCUCGUAG